AUGGAUCCACUUGCAAAUUUUGAUAGAGCUGCAGAUCAUAACGGAGAGCAUGAGUACCAAGUUCCAGUUGAUAUAGAUAUUGAUAUCCAAUGUAAAAUUUUAGACCAAAAUUUCAGCAUUCCUAUUAAGGAUGAGGUCGAUAUCAGUGUAAGUAAUCCUAAACUAAAGGAACAAAAAAUAACAAAACAUAUCACAUAUUCAAUAUCAGGCGUUAUUGACAAUUAUUUAAGGAUAAACACUACUUUUGUAUCUUAAUGAUAGAGCUUUUAUUAUUUUAUAUAAAAGAAUACUUACCUGCUCAAUUUAAAAAGUUUUUAUCAAAAAAAUUAAAUCUACCACAAUAUCAGGCAACGAUUCACAAGGAAGAUUUGAAAGCUUCAGACGAUAUAACGAUUUCUUGCUUCUUCGAGCAAGACUUGUUAAUAGGUGGCCAGGCUGCUUCAUCCCUCAGCUUCCUCCUAAAAAGCGAUUCACUUCAAUGGCCCAUGGAAAUCUGCAGCCACAAUUUAUAGAACAAAGGCGAAAACUAUUGAAUUAUUUUAUUAGAAAACUUGGUCAGCUCUCAUAUGUAAAACAUUCACCCGAAUUCAUUGUUUUCACAAGAGGUGGGAACGAUUUUAAAGCUGAAGUUAACGAGAUAAAAAUUCCAUCAACCAUAGAAAUUGCUAAUACUUUUCAUAAUGAAUUCACUGAGUAUUUACUGUAUCAAGAAAGCCCAGAUGAUGAUAAAAAGGUUGAAGAGGCCGAAAUUAUGUUUAGGAAUGGAAUUGAAGCCAUAGAAAACUUUGAAGAAAUCUGCAAGAGGAAUGUCGAAUCUUAUAAUGGCUAUGAUAAUGGGCUUUUAAUGCUGACACAAGGGCUUAGAGAUAUGAAUUGUUUGUAUAGAGAAAAUUAUAAAGCAAAAUAUAUUGAUUUUAAAGUAAAGGAAUCUCAUGAAAAUCCUUAUCAAAUUUUAUUAGACUGAGCAAGGACAGAAGUAAUGGAUUUACGAUCAAUUUUAGAAGCAAUAGAGCAGAAAAAGAGCUAUGAUAGGCUGGAGGAUAAAUUCAAAGAAAAAUUAGAAGAGGACAAUAAUCAGCUGGAGAAUAUGCAGCAGGGACGCAAAAGUUUAAUGCAAAAGCUUACUAAAAAGCCAAUAGAGCAUUAUAUAGCUAAACGAGAAAGAAUUAUUAAAGACAUGACUGAAGAAAUCAAUGGGCUUUCAAAAAUAAAAAAAAUAAUCACAUCAAGACUCGUCCAUAAAGAAAUUCCGAAAUUCAGAGAAUCAAAGAUUCAUCAGCAUGAUAUUGUAAUAAAAGCUUUUGCAAGGUGCACUGUACAAGAAUUUGAGAAUUGGAUUAUUCAGAAUAAAGAAAUUCAAAAAGGACUAAACGCCAAAUAA